AUGCAGGGCACGGAGGUGACUCUGCCUGAGUUCACCAAGGUCCAAGUCAUUGUCCGUGUGCCUAAGCGCUCAGGACCACCGACGGAAUGGACGGCUAGUGGGUUCACAGUACCUGAAUACAUAGAGGACGAGGGAUUUGGCGCCAUUCAGAUCGUCCUCUACGGACAAGACGGCGCCAGUGACGGCGAUAGCAGCAACCCUAACGAUGAGAACAAGCACACGAUUAAACUACUAGUCAAUAUGCAAGAGGCAGACCCUGUGCACAUCGGUCAGACUAGAGAUGGCGACGCGACUGAUUCUGGCGCCGACCGAAAUGCCAGGGAGCCCAAGAGAUUCGACACCCUAAUGGCCAAACCAUCCGGACCAAACAUCAUCAAGCGGUUGCACGGCUCGAGGCACGCCACGUUUGGUUUCUGA